GGCUUCCUAACCCAUUCUAUGAGACCAGAAUGAUAGUUCAAUACCAAAAACCAUAGAAGUUAAACACACACAACCAUGUGGGGCAGAAAAAUCCUAAAAUCAUGUUGACACAUCAAAUCUAUCUGUGCAUCAAAACUAUAAGACAUCAUGGUUAAAUUUCAUUCAUAUCAAUGACUCAAGAAUAAAAAAACUUAAGUAUAAAGAGAAAAUUUAAACAAACAUAAAAUUACCUUAAUUGUGAAAGAAUAAAGAAAAGAAGAUUGAUGUUUUUUGAAAGUAUUCUUCUCAAAUUGAGAUCAACCACCAGUAGUUAAAGAUGCAAUACUAAAAAUAUAACUGCAAGAUUGACUUAACUUGCUACUACAAUUUUAGAGUAUUCACUGGAUGUUGGAGAUCUUGGCCAUUGAAAUUGUUUAUGAAUAAUAAAUUAUAAAUAAUACUUAAGGUAAGUGAAGGUUGAAGGCUGUGCAGCAUAAAGUGUUCUAGAAAAUACCAUGGGUGAAGAGUGAAGACCUUUAAAAUGUAAGGAUUAUAUAAUGCACAAGAAACUGAUAAAGAUCUGUUAUUCUGCUUGUGUAGACUUCCUCAUUGCUAAGUGACUUACAAAUAAACAAAAUAUCCUGAACCAAUAUUUCUUGGCUUCUUGAUUAAGGCUUCAUUUUCUUUCAUAUUCUUUACUAUCAAUUUUUGGGAUAGGAGAAGGUUUUCUUCAGAUUUUUAAAAGAUUUUGAUAGGGAGCUAGAGUUUAAUUUAUUGUCCCUAGAUUUAAGAAAACAAGAGAUUCAUUUUUUUCUACGAAUUCAGAUUAUCACAGGGGGAAAUGAGAACAAGCUAUUACUUACUAGCAUUACUGCAACCACUUGAAGAAAAGAGGUGACAUGAAACAGCAAGGACACGAAAAACUCAGUCCUGUUGCAGAAUGCCUUCAAUCCGCCAUCUUUUUUUUUUUUUUUUUUUUCUUCCCCUAUUCUUGAGAAUAGGAAUAACAAGCACAAAACGCAAGGUGGCGCUGCUGGCUAAAAAGAGAAGGGGGAAAAAUAUCCUCACAAAGAAUGUUACAGAUUCCCAGCGUAAGUCUGGCCAGAAGGGAAGAGGAAAGGAAAUCGCGGAGAUAAGCGUUAGGGAAAAGUGGGGAUCUCUCUCCACGAGAAAUGCCCUUAUCCCACCAUCUCUAAGGAUUUAGUUCCUGCCCUUUCUGAGAGCUGCUUGAGGCCCAGAGGUUCUGUUUUUGAAAGAUUGACAAAUAAUGGAGACCAGUGGGGAGCACGCUGUACAGAAAAGGCAAGUCCUGUUUUUCUGUUUAUUUCUGGGAGUGUUUGGGGCUGGCGCGGAACCGCUUCGGUAUUUUGUGGCGGAGGAAACUGAGAGAGGAACUUUUCUGGCCAAUUUGGCCAAUGACUUGGGGUUGAGGGUGGGAGAACUCUCAGACCGACGGUCUAGAAUUGUUUCAGACCAGAAUAUGCGAUUUUUGCUGCUCAAUUCGCUUACUGGUGAUUUACUUCUAAAUGAGAAAUUGGACCGGGAAGAACUAUGCGGCCCCACAGAGCCCUGUGUGCUUCCUUUCCAGUUGUUAUUGGAAAAGCCUUUUCAGAUUUUCCGUGCUGAACUACAAGUCAGAGACAUCAAUGAUCAUUCUCCAGUCUUUCUGGACAAAGAGAUUCUCUUGAAAAUAUCAGAAAGUACAAAUCCAGGUGCAGCAUUUCCUUUAGAAAGUGCACAGGAUUCAGAUGUUGGAACCAAUAGCCUGAGUAAUUACACCAUCAGCCCUAAUGCCUAUUUCCACGUUAAUGUCCAUGUUGGUGGGGAGGGGAAUCUUCUUCCUGAAUUGAUACUUGAUCAAGCGCUGGAUCGAGAGGAGAUACCUGAGCUCAGUUUAACCCUCAGGGCCUUGGAUGGCGGCUCUCCGGGCCGAUCCGGAACCACGCUAUUACGCAUCCUGGUGGUAGAUGUCAACGACAAUGCCCCUGAAUUUGUGCAGUCGCUCUACAAAGUGCAGGUACCUGAGAACAGCAGGGUUGGCUCGCUGGUCGUCACUGUCUCAGCUAGAGAUUUAGAUACAGGAAGUAACGGGGAAAUAGUCUAUGCAUUUUUUUAUGCCACUGAAAGAAUUCUCAAAACAUUUCAAAUCAAUUCAACAUCUGGGUAUCUUUAUCUUAAAGCCAGAUUGAACUAUGAAGCAAUUCAAACUUAUACAUUAACUAUUCAGGCCAAAGAUGGUGGAGGACUUUCUGGAAAUUGCACAGUGAUUGUUGAGGUAACAGAUAUAAAUGAUAAUCCACCAGAAAUUCUCAUAUCAUCACUUACUAGUCCAAUUGCAGAAAACUCACCAGAGACCGUGGUUGCUGUUUUUAGGAUUAGAGACAGAGAUUCAGGGAACAAUGGGAAAAUGGUGUGCUCCAUCCAGGAUGAUCUCCCCUUUGUCCUGAAGCCAUCUGUAGAAAAUUUCUAUACAUUGGUAACAGAGAGAUCUUUGGAUCGAGAGCAGAACACUGAAUACAGCAUCACAAUCACUGUCACUGACUUGGGGACACCAAGGCUGAAAACUGAACACAACAUUACUGUCCUUGUCUCUGACGUCAACGACAAUUCCCCUGCCUUCACACAAACAUCCUACACGCUGCUAGUGCAUGAGAACAACCAGCCCGCCUUGCACAUCGGAAGCAUCAGAGCCACAGACAGAGACUCAGGCACCAACGCCCAGAUCACCUACUCGCUGCUGCCAACCCAGGACCCGCACCUGCCCCUCACCUCGCUGGUCUCCAUCAACGCAGACAAUGGGCAGCUGUUCGCGCUGAGAGCACUGGACUUCGAGGCCCUGCAGGCAUUUGAGUUCCACGUGGGCGCCACAGACCAAGGGUCGCCUGCACUCAGCAGCCAGGCGCUGGUGCGAGUGGUGGUGCUGGACGAAAAUGACAACUCGCCCUUCGUGUUGUACCCAAUGCAGAACGCCUCUGCGCUCUGCACCGAACUGGUGCCCAGGGCGGCAGAGCAGGGCUACCUGGUCACCAAGGUGGUGGCGGUGGAUGAAGACUCGGGCCAGAACGCCUGGCUGUCAUACCAGCUGCUCAAGGCCACGGAGCCAGGGCUGUUUGGCUUGUGGGCGCACAAUGGCGAGGUGCGCACCACCAGGCUGCUGAGCGAGCGCGACGCGGCCAGGCACAGGCUGGUGGUGCUGGUCAAGGACAAUGGCGAGCCUCCGCUGUCUGCCAGCGUCACGCUGCACGUGCUGCUGGUGGAUGGCUUCUCCCAGCCCUACCUGCCGCUCCCAGAAGUGGCGCCCGACCGCGCGCAGGGGGACUCGCUCACUGUCUACUUGGUCAUCGCCCUGGCGUCGGUGUCGUCUCUCUUCCUCUUCUUUGUGCUGGUGUUCGCGGCGGUGAGGCUGUGCAGGAGGCGCAGGGCGGCGCCGCUGGGUGUCUGUUCUGUGCCUGAGGGACAUUUUCCUGGCCACCUGGUGGAUGUCAGUGGCACCGGGACACUGUCUCAGAGCUACCAGUAUGAGGUGUGUCUGAAAGGAGGUUCAGGGACCAACAGUGAGUUCAAGUUCCUAAAACCAAUUUUCCCCAAUAUACUAUCCCAGAGCAUAGGGAGGGAAGUGGAGGAAAAUCCCUCAUUUCAGAAUAAUUUGUGUUUCUCAUAAAGAAUGAUAUAUAAGCCCUUCUGUCUGAGGAUGUAUUCCUAGUUAGAAACUUACCCUGGAUACCUGUAAAGAAGUGACUUUGCAGUAUUUCAUAACUCUUAAAGUCAAAGAAGGAUCCAGCUUAAUUCCCAAGAACCAUCCACAAGCAUGAAAUAUAUAUGUGUCAUGUUUUAUUCCAAACAAUUAUGCUUAAUGUGCAGUUGGAGAAGUUUAAGGGCAGUUAAAUUUAUUUAGAGUUAUUUUAAAUUGCUCUCCAUUGUCUUCAUUCUUUAUUGCUAGUUUUCAUAGUUGACUGGGAUUCUGUACAAGUGUACCUACUAUAAGUUUGGGGAGCAGAGAUUGUAGAGUAUUUUCUAAAGAUUUUUUUCAAAGCACAUAUGGUCUAGCAUACACUAUCUUAACACAAUUAAUCGCCAAUGAAACCUAUGAGAGGAGGUAUUUCAGAAGCGAGCAAAUAUAUGGUCAUAGUGACUCAGUAAGGUCACCAACUAGUAAAUAGCAGAACUGAGAAUCUCCUAGUUAUUUUUGUUGGUAUCAUGGCACCAAUAGUUUUCUUUCAUUAGAUAGUACUUGGCAUGUUUCUAAACAAUAAAAGAGUUUUUUUUGUUUUUUUUUUAUCACGCUGCUGGGUGUAAUGAUAUUACUACCUACUACCGGUCUGUAGUUUUAUUAUUUUAAUAAACCAACAAGCCAUCUUUUAUGAAACAGUUAUUCAACUAUUACUAUUAAAGAUCUGAUCUAACCAAAUAUCAAGUAAAACAAAUUGAAAGAUCAACUAGUGCUUUUUCCUAAACAUAUGUUUUUCAUUCAACAGAAAAGAUUAAUGGUCCUGAGUAGGGAUAUUACAUAAUUUUGUUGCUUCAUUAGCUUAUUAUUUUCCUCACAUUACAGUGUUUCUUCUGCAGUAUUUCAUAGCUACAUUCAUAAUACUUUUUCCCAAUUUAAUUUAAAAUUUUAUUUUUAAGAAUUUCCUACUAAUUUAAUGCAGUGCUUAGUCAGAAAAAAAUAAUAAAAUGAAUAAUGUAGUAUCAAAUAGUAUCAAAGAGAAACAUAAACUGUUAAUAAAUUUUAGAAAUUAUGGUGCAUUAAGGAGAAGCUUUGUAUUUAAAAAUUAUCCAGAACUGGAGGUGUAGAUCCGGGAUACAGCACUUAGCAUGCUUGAGUGCUCUCAAAAUAUUAUAUAUUAUUGCCAAAAAUAGUAUUAGUAUCAAUGUACAGUACUAGUGGGAUAUAGUCUACAGAUAAAAUACAGUAAUAAAAUCUUAAAUUGUUUUCAAUAACUUCUCAACAAACAAAUAGCAUGGAAAUUGAAAAAGGGAAGUUUACGAAGUAAAAGAACUUGAGAGACUUUACAGCCAAAUACAAUGUGUGUAUCUUGCUUGAUAUUGACUGAUUUUGAAUACACUAGAGAAAUUUGAAUAUAUAUGAAUCUUAAUUAAUAUUAACAAUUUCUUAGGUAUGAUAAUGACAUUGUAGUUUAGGUUUAAGUUUUUACAGUGAGAAAUGCAUAACAAAGUACUUGUGGAUGAAAAUUCACUUUUCCUAGAAUGUGAAAAUGUUGGAUUGAUGGGAUAAAAUAUUAUGGAAACAUAUUGAUAACUUUUGAAAUUAGUGAUCAGUACAUGGAGGGUUAUAAUAUUAUUCUUUUAUGGGGCUUGAGAGUUUUUUUAAAUGACAAGGUUAUUAGAAGUUGAUUCUGUGAGAAAAGAAAUAGAGGUAAUCAAAAAAGACAUUCUUCCAAGAUAUAUAUUUACUACUGCUGUCACAGAUUGUACUGAAUUUAUGCCUCUAUUUAGACAAGAUUUUCAGUGUUUCCUUGUUUCAUAUUUGACAUAACUUCUUUCUGAGAUAGUCCUGCUUAUGCAUUCAUCUACCAUGUGAAUUUUUAGGUGUUUUCUAGUCACAACAAUGGAUUCAUGCAGAUUCAGCUAGCUAGUGGCAUCAAAUCACUAUAUGUUGUUUAUUUAUAAAGUUAACUUUUCUCUACAUUAGUUUCCUCAUCUGUAAGGUGGGAAAUUCAUAAUAGCCCUAUGUGAUAGUUGUUAUUACUAUUUCACUUUACAUGUGUGUAAACUGAGGCAAAGAAAGAUUAAAUAAUUUGCCUAAGGAAGUUUCAUAUGUAGUAAUUGUUUCCAUAAUUCACAGCAAUAAAAAUGUUUAAUUAUGAAA